UGUAAUAGUAAUAACUUCCCCCCACGUUGCUGCGCAACAGCUGUGUUUGGUGAACAUUUACUCAAACGAGGUUUCUUAAUUGAAUGGCAGGUGCGCGUCGACAAGUUUGAUCUCGAAUUCAAUCAACGAAUAAAUAGACAGUUUCUAUUGUAAACAACAAUGGCCGCCACAAGCAGACAGAACCGUGAAUUGGUGCAAAAAAGUAAAGAAAAGUUGAAAUAUACCAAAGAUCCUGUGGAAAAACUAAGACUGAGAUGCCUUGCAAGAGGAGCUAGUGGAAUUAAAGGCCUUGGAAGAACAUUCAAAAUUAUGGAUGAUGACGAGAGUAGAGCUUUAGAAUUUAAAGAGUUUGAGAAGGGUGUAAGAGAGUAUGGUCUUACAAUGGAAAAGGAUGAACUCCAGGAACUAUUCACCAUACUGGACAAAGAUGGCAGUGGAUCAAUAGAUUUUGAUGAAUUUCUGAAAGCACUGAGGCCUCCUAUGUCAAAUGCCAGAAAAGAAUUAAUCACCCAGGCAUUUCAUAAGUUGGACAAAACAGGGGAUGGUACUAUCACAGUGGAGGAUCUUCAAGGUGUCUAUAAUGUAAAGAAACAUCCAAAAUAUCUGAAUGGAGAAUGGACCGAAGAGCAGUGCUUGAGACAGUUCCUUGACUCCUUUGAUACUCCAAAUGAAAAAGAUGGAAAGGUUACUUCAGAAGAAUUUCAGAAUUAUUAUUCUGGCGUUAGUGCCUCCAUUGAUAAUGAUGCUUAUUUUGAUCUGAUGAUGAGGAACGCUUGGAAACUAUAAGGAAUCCCCAAGUUUAUAACGAAUGAGGAGUUUUUGAACUACUACAGUGGGGUUAGUGCUUCAAUAGACAAUGAUGCAUAUUUUGACCUAAUGAUGAGGAACGCAUAUAAACUAGACUGAUAAUACCUGUCCUAGUGAAGAUAACCCAAUAGCUCAGUUCAGCAGGCGAUGGAAUACACCUUAUAGAGACAACUUUGCGUUAAAAUGCCAUUAUUUAAUAGUGAAAAAAAAAUAUUUUCAGUAACCUGUUAUUGGAAUUUUCUGUGUUAUAGGUUUUUAAAAAUGUUAAUUCCAUUUUAAUAGUAUUUUCAUGGAUAAAAGAUAAGAUUUACAUAGUACUUAUAUUUAUCUGUUUUUAUUAAUUGCUGUACAAAAGCUACCAGAGAUCAGAUUAAGGAAGCAAUAGUAGUUGCAUAUUUAAAGUACUCAUAGUAAUUUGGUUGAGUAAAUAGAGGAUAUUAUAGGAGUGUCUUUUCAGACUAAAUUAGUUAAAACAAGUUGAAUAGAAUAAUGAAAUAUUAGGCUCUGUCAGUAUUUAUCUUUUUUAUAACAAGUUUAAUGAAUUCAGUGUGAAAAAAAAAACACAAAUGUUAUAUUCUUUUAUUAUAUGUUAGCUUUUUUGACAGUACAUAGAAAUUCUCUCUUCCUUAUGUUAUAGACCAAGUCAGUCCAACUAACACCUUGAAAUAAUGUUGACCUGUGUAAAAAUGUUAUCAAAACAACACCAAAAUAAUGUAAUGACUAUUUCAUUUCCACAAUUUCAAACGUGAUAAAAUAUUAUUUUUAAUUUUUAACAUUUACUAUCAUAAAUCUUCAUUGUUUUUACAUAGAAAUGUACAUUUUUAUCUUGUUUUAACAAAUCAUUUUUUUUUAUAAAUGUUUCUGAUUCUGAAUUGAAGGGGAAUCUCAUGUCUAUAUAGUAGUUCACAAAACACUUCAGUUAUAGAUGCCAAAUAUUUAGAUGAUAUAAAAAAGGACUUUAGAAUACCUCUAGGUUAAACAGUCUUACUAUCUCUUUACCAUUUUAUUCAAAAUUGCAUCUUUAGAUUUUGAAGACUGUGAUAUUUAUAGAUAGACUUUUUCAUUUAUCUAUUAUGCCUUUUCAUAGAGCCUUCUCAACAAAAGUUCUUUUAGGUGAAGUAAACAUAUCAAAAAUGCUUUUAGUAUAAUUAGUGUAGGUGUUUGUAGUUUGUAGGCUUGAAAAAUGCCUAGACCAUUAUUUUCAGUAUGGGGGAUUUAAAAAAAUGGACCUGGAAGAAUAAGAAAUUGUUCAUUUUUAAUUCAUUUUUUUGUCGUAUAAAUAUAAGCAUUUUUAUCUAGAGCAGUCUUAGCCUUAGAUUUUGUUGGAAGGCUUUUGUGAAACUUGGACCAGUUUUUCACAUUUAUUUCACUUUUACAUUAUUAUUCUUGCAAGAUUGUAAAUAGGAUUGUAAAUACGCAUACAGUGUGAGCUUUCAACAAUCCAAGAAGUAUCGGCUUCUGUUUUCAAAAAAAAACAUCAUCAAAACAUACUUUGGCAUUUCCUGUUACCUCAAUUUUAUAUUAAGUUGAGCAUUCAACAAAAGUUAGUAUAAACAGUAUGUUGAUAAAUGAAAUGCUAAAAACCUAAUAACAAUAAAACUUAUAUUCAUAAAGAAGUACAUAUUUUUAUGUCCACACAUCUCCUCUUUACAUUAUGAAUGUUAAUAUUGGUCACAUGAAUUUCCUUGACUGUAUUUUUUAUCUUAUGCUCAUUCUUUAGCCACAAAUUUUAUCUUAUUUAUUAGUAAAGUGUAUAUAGAACAA